UCAGGCAUGAAGGUCUCCGCAGCGCUUCUGUGCCUGCUGCUCACAGCAGCCGCCUUCAGCACCCACGUGCUUGCUCAGCCAGAUGGGAUUAACACCUCAGCCACCUGCUGCUAUAAAUUCAUCAAGAAGAAGUUCCCUAAGCAGAGGCUGGAGAGCUACAGAAGUAUCAGCAGCAGCCAGUGUCCCCAGCCAGCUGUGAUCUUCAAGACCAUAUUGGACAAUGAGAUAUGUGCUGACCCCAAGCAGAAGUGGGUUCAGGAUUCCAUGAAGUACCUGGACAAGAAAACCCAGACUCUAAAGCUUUGA